AAAGAUGAGAGAAAGAAAGCAAGGGAACGAACUGGAGUGAGGCACAUACAGAUGAUAACGAAUAACAACUACAGAGGGAAAGAAAAUAGAAUUUGAAAUAAAUAGAAAGGAGAAGAGAAAGAGAGAAAAAAAGGAAAUGAAAUAAACGUGAAUUCAAUUAGGAUCAACCGACUCUACAUACAAUCGUGUAAUGCUAAUCCUCCAACCAGAAAGACAUACUAUAUAGUGCAUCCCACAUCACCAAGCAUUGAGGAUGUAGCAGCUAGGCGCCAUCCCGCAUCCAUCCCGCAUCACUCGUUCGAGAUACGGAUCUUGCUUCGAAAGCCUGCCACAAUCAUUAUAGCAUUAGACUAAUAAACAUCGCUCAACCUAUGAGGGCAUUGUAUACACCCAGCCAACGUACAAGGGAGAUCGUAUGUCCCUAUUCAUGGAUUUAACGCAUUUUCAUGAGAAAAGCAGAUGCUAGCAAUGUUCGGAUGAGAGUUACCACUAGCAACAUGAGGAAGCUUCGAACGGUUACUAGUUGAAGAUAGGGAAAGGGAAAGCUGGAUUGAGUUUUGAUCAUCUCUGCUGCAGAACAUUUUAACAUUCUACCUGAAAUUAAAACAAGCAUUGUUAUUGUUUCCUCACCGAAGUCGUACAGGUCUUGACAUACCGUGGUGUUGAUACGUCAUCUGAUUUAAUCUGACUGUCUGUUUUGGGAUUGCAGAAGAUUAAAGAGCCGGAUUCGUAUCACCAUGGAGACGCAUAAUGCAAACAUCAUCCACGGUAAAGCAUCGACGGAGGGACAUAAUGGCGGACUCCAUCUACCAUGCAAUGGAGUUGAAAAAGAAGGGAUGAGCAAAGAGAGAGAAAGCAAUAAAACUCCAGCAUCUAAUGGAACAUGCACCAUGGCGAUCGGAACCAAAUCAACGAAUAACCAACAAAGGUACAUGGUAACUGAACAGAAAAAUGGUCGAAAUGGAAAGGCUCCCAAAGAAGUCAAAUCGCGAGCUGAGGGAAAAAGGGGGACUAAUUCCCCCAAACCAAAACCAAGGCCAUCACCGAAGCGUCAUGUAUCGAACAAAGUGGAUCCAAAAAAGAGCCCCCCGAAGAAAAAGAAAAAGAAACGGAACUUCCGGCUUGGACUUGGAGUCCGACAGCGAGUGGAUUAUGGGAAGCUUGAUACAUACAAUUCUCGUGUAGGAUUGUCCACAGGUAUCUUGCAGUUGGUACUUUCCUUGGAAGCAGUAACUCUGGGUGCACUUCAAUGCUAUUUCCGCCCGGAGUACGCAAACAUCGCAAGUGUUCUCUUCGUGUGGCCAUCAGUCGGAUUAUGUAUUCUUAGUGGAAUCUUUGGAACGUGGUCACAUCGUAAAGGAACGUACGUGGUCUAUCUGUACAUGUUGGUAUCUAUCUUCGCUUGUAUUACAUCCUGUAUGAUGUUUGGUCUCGAGGUCCAGUCAUCUAAAGAACUCCAAAGGAUGUGCUCAGAAUCCAGUGUCAGGUCGACAUCUGAUGACGUCACAGCGACGAACAUAAGCGACGUUGUUCCGGCAGAUUGCAGUCAAAAUUAUGGUUUGAAUAUGGCGAUAGCAGUUAUCCUGUCGAUCAUCGCAUUGUUUCAGAUUCUUAUUUCAUUCGUGGCUGCUAUCGGUAGUUCAAAUGUCAUGUGCAGCAAAGAAAACCAUGAAAUACUUGUGGAGGAAUGUUUAUCAGAUGAUGAUGACGGUGAACCUCCCCCGCCAAAUGCUGGACUUCCGCAAAUCAAAAGAGCCGCCAAGAGAAAAUAGUUCUACCACGAGACUCGAGAGUAAAUCGUUGUUCGUGGGAUGGCUAGCACUACCAGGGCUUUCAAGGCAUCUUAUUGUGAUAAAUCGUUACACUUUCAGGCACGGAAACACGGAAGUGGAGGUUAAACUGAGUCGUCGUUUUAAUCACUGAAUUACUAUGGGCAGUCAAACGGCCAGAAUUGAAAAUGACGAAGUAGUUCUACGACACUAGGGACUUUUAAAUUUGCACGUCGACAGCUUUGACU